AUGCGAAUACCGACAGCACGAGUGUUUAACAGAGGUGUAAUACCACGACGUCAAUAUGGCACAUCAACAACUCGACCACCGGUAAUCAGCAUCGUCAAUGGCACGUUCUACCGCCAUCACCCAAACUCCCACCACGCAGCCACGCAUUCCAACCCCCCUCUCUUCCCCAACCUGAGCUUCUCCCUCCCAGCAUUCGCAUCCAAACCCGAACACUGGUCCAUCAUCGGUCCAUCCGCCUCCGGCAAAACCACAUUCCUGCAAAUCCUCCGCGGCAAACACCUCUGUCUCCUUGCAGCGGCACGGUCAUGGCCAUACCUCGAAUCAGACGAAAUCGAGCAGAAGGACCAUAGGUUGAGAGAUCCGAAUGCGGCGAUUAAACAGGUGGGAUUUGAUGGCGAGCAGGGCCUUGGACAGCAGGCGCCGCAGAGUGCGUAUCUCAGCGCGAGAUAUGAGUCACGGCGUGAAGACACGGAUUUCAGUGUAUUGGAUUACUUGCAGGGGAACACAGAACUGAAUCCGUUUUCUGAGGAGCUUAAGAAAGUGGAUCCGGAACUGCUGGGAAGGGUGGUCAGGGAUCUGAGAUUGGAGGAAUUGGUUGAUAUGCCGGUCUCGAAUUUGAGUAAUGGGCAGACUAGACGGGCGAGGAUUGCGAGUGCGUUGUUGGGGGAUCCGGAGGUGUUGCUGCUUGAUGAGCCGUUUAUGGGGUUGGAUCCACCGACGUUAUUGAGUUUGAGUCCGAUGCUGCAUGGGCUGGCGGAGGCGAAUAAGCCGAGAUUGGUGCUUUCUUUGAGGCCGCAGGAUCCCAUUCCGGAUUGGAUUACGCAUGUGGUUUAUUUGAAGGGAAAUUGUGAGGUUGCUUUUCAGGGAGAGAAGGGGGAUGUUUUGGAAGGGUUGAGAGAUCAUGUUAAAAACAUUCAGCAGGGAAAUGCGGAGCCAGAAGAGGGUAUGCCGUUACAUUCGAUGCAUGAGGUUGGUCGGAGUCUUACCAGUGAUGGUAUUAUUGAGCCAUCGCAUGCUGGAAAUGCCAAGGAUAGAGUUGCCUUUGCUUCACCAACAAUUGAAGAGACUCCUCUCAGCCGAGAUGGCUUCCCUCUCCAUGAUAUCGAGAAGCCAGUCAUUGGAGAGCCUUUAGUCCAAAUGGAUGGUGUGCGAGUUCAGUAUGGCGAUAAAGCUGUUUUGGGUAAUUGGAAACAAGAAGUUCCUAGCGAUAGCCAGGCGGAGCUUCGAGAUGGCCUAUGGUGGGAUGUCAAACGAGGAGAGAGAUGGGGUAUCUUUGGACCAAAUGGAUCCGGCAAGACAACUCUACUCUCCCUCAUCUGUUCAGACCAUCCACAGACAUACGGUCUUCCAAUAAAGCUCUUCGGCCGCUCAAGAAUCCCCGAAGCAGGCCAACGAGGAGUCUCAAUCUUUGACUUACAGGCUCGAAUUGGCCAUUCGAGUCCUGAAAUUCACAGUCACAUUCCAAAAUCACUGACACAUCGCCAGGUCUUGGAAAAUGCAUGGGCAGAUACUUUUAGAGGACUCCCCAAGCUGGACCAAUCUGCCAAGGACAAGAUUGAGGCGUGUUUGAAGUGGUUCGAGCAUGAUCUUCGAUCAGAACCAGGUUCUGUUGAUGUCAGUGGUACAGCAUGGGCUGAUGAACUUCUGUUUGGAGGCGUGCCCUUCUCAUCGCAGAGAGUUGCACUCUUCCUCCGCGCUAUCAUCAAGAAUCCAGAUCUGGUAAUUCUUGAUGAGGCAUUCAGCGGCAUGGAUGAGGGAGUGCGAGAUCGCUGCCUCUUAUUCCUCGCACACGGAGAAACGAAACAAUUUGCUUCCGCUUCUUCUCCUUCUUCAUCAACAAAACGAGCAGCAGGAAGCCAAAAGCCUCAAAUUUUAGAGUCAGAAGUCUCAAAGCGUAAUCAGGUUAAAGUUCCUGGACUCGGCAAAGAUCAAGCCCUUCUUUGCAUCAGCCAUGUCCGCGAGGAAAUACCUGGGAGUAUCAGAGAGUGGGUUUGUCUCCCUGAGGCUAAUACCGGGAAGCCCGCUAGAUUUGGGAGGUUGGAUGGGCCGAUUGAGGGAGAUUAUAGGAGGUGGAAUGAGAUAUGGGGGAUGUAGAUGUCUAAACCAAAUAGAAAGCAUGACUUGCUUGUUCAUACUGUGAUCUAGUGUUUGUUUGGGGAGCGAUCGCAGAUUUCGCAUUUAGAAGAUAAGGAAUUCUAUCUACAAUCUGCAGUCGCAACUUGUCCCAAAUAUUGGACGAGAU